GACUAUGAGUACGUCGUUAUGAUCGAUGCCGGAUCCACGGGCUCUAGGGUGCAUGUCUACUCGUUCGAUACUUCGGUUUCUCCACCAAAGUUGAUCAAUGAGGAGUUCAAGAUGUUGAAGCCAGGCCUCUCGUCAUACGACACCGACGCCGUCGGAGCCGCCGAGUCCUUGGACCCGCUUUUGACCAUCGCAAUGGACACCAUUCCUAAGGACAAGCACAGCUGCUCGCCAGUGGCUGUCAAGGCCACCGCCGGCUUACGGUUGUUGGGCCAGGCAAAGUCCGACGCCAUCCUCAAGGAGGUCAGACGCCACUUGGAAAAAGACUUCCCCUUCCCCGUCGUUAGCGGCAACGGAAUCUCCAUCAUGGAUGGCUCUGACGAAGGUGUCUACGCGUGGAUUACCACCAACUACUUGCUCAACAACAUCGGCUCCGCGAAGAAGCUCGACACAGCCGCCGUCUUCGACCUCGGUGGAGGCUCUACGCAGAUUGUGUUUGAGCCUGUCAGCGGCGAAAAGGUUUUGGAGGGCGAACACAAGUACAACAUCGAAUUUGGUGGCAGAAAGUUCACUCUUUACCAGUACUCCCACUUGGGCUAUGGUUUAAUGCAGGCUAGAAACAAGGUCAACGCUGCCGUCUUGCAGGCAGAGAUGAAGUCCGCAGCACACAAAUUCUCCGCAUUGACCGAGUCACAGCUCAAGACCGCCGUCGCAGACGUCACUCUUGAGAACCCAUGUGUUCCACCUGGUGUUUCUGCAGAGAACGUCAUUGUCGAGCUGGAAGACGGCAGUAAGUACGUUGUCAACUUUGCUGCUCCAGAAACCGAAGCAAAGAAGGACGCCAGCCUCUGCAAGUUCUUGACCGACUCGAUUCUAAACAAACAGCUCGAGUGUGCUUCCAAGUCGUGCUCCUUCAACGGAAUCUACCAACCCUCCUUUGCAGACCAGUUCUCCUCUGCCGCUGACAUGUACGUUUUCUCGUACUUCUACGAUCGCUUGCAGCCAAUCGGCAUGCCGGAGUCCUUCACUUUGAAGGAGAUGACUGACGUCAUGGAGUCCGUCUGCGCCGGUUCCCACUUGUGGGACCAGUACUUCAAGCAACAGUCCCAUCUCAAGGAGUUGGCUGACGAACCGCUCUGGUGCCUCGAUCUCACCUUCAUGACCUCGCUCUUGCACACCGGCUACGAUAUCCCUCUCACAAGAGAGUUGAAGACCGCCAAGACCAUCGGCGGCAACGAACUGGGUUGGUGUUUGGGUGCAUCCUUGCCUUUGUUGGACAAGACCAACUGGUCGUGCAAGGUCACCAAGCAGUUUUGA